AUGGAAGGCCAAUAUCAAGUACGAAUUCCACGAACCUGGGCAACGGAAAACGAUAUUGGCGGUAUAAAGAGGCUCGUAGCAGAUAAGCCUAUCGAAAUUCGAAAUGAGAAAAUCGAUAAUUUACCAGAAGGACGUGAAAAUCCGAAUGCGAAGAUUGAAACGUUCCUCAAAAUUUGCGAAUAUAUCAAAUGUCGACAAGAUAAAACGUGCAUCGACGCAUUUGCACCGUUUGGGCAUUGCUGCGAAAUUUGCGGUGCUUCAUUGGAUUUCAGUGCGCAUAAAAUGAAUAUAAAUGUGACAAAUGAAUUGGUUAGCAAAGUGCUUUCUGACCUCCAACUCUCGGAUGAUUAUUUCUUUACAACUGAAAAAGUUUCCGAUGAAUAUGACAACGAUCAUUCGAUGUAUUAUGAAUAUCAGAUUGUAAUCAUGCCGGAAGAAAGCACUCCGUUCGAUGAGGACACUCUUCAGACAAUUGCAGAGGAAGUGGCUUAUGCAUUGGAAUCAUUCAAAAAUAAUGGUGAGCUCAUCGCAUUGUCAAUAUCGUGCGACAAAUCGGCUAAAACUCCAACUAUGCUCGUUUUGGACAUGAAAGUUUUCUUCUCAAAAUUCGAUCGAACUGUUCAAUUGAUUUCGUAUAUUGAGGGAAUAUCGAUUGUUGUUUUCAUCAUUGCGAUAUUUGCUGGAAAAUACGUGCAGAAUCGAUAUGAAUCGAAUGGUGCCCGAAUGCGUAGUUUUGUUCCAAUCAUUUCGUGGCAGAGAAACCACGAUGAAGAAGAAGAUCGCGUUCAUUUGGAAUUACAUGAUGCGAGUUCCGUUAUGGAACUUCCUUGCCAAGAAGAAAUUCUCGAACCACAGGUCAAAGUCCAACCAAACAAAAUUCAGCAAUCGUUCCAAAACGAAAACUUCGACACGUCAGAUAUUCCAAUGGAAACAUUUUAA